AUGACAGCGAACGAAGAGGCGGCGAGAGUGGCGUCCUCGUACAAGUACAAGGUCAUUCCUGAUAAGGCCAAACACACAAAACCGCAGAAAUGGAGGCAAUCCAAUCGCUCACAAGUUUCAAGGGGGCCUACGCCCAACAGACCUACGAAUUACGUGAUGUUGGCUGGCAGCUCGUCGUUCAAGGGCAAAAGCGACAUUAAGCCAAGGCCAUGGAGGUCAACGGCUUUAUCGAGAAUAUCCGGGCGGAUUUCACAGAGAAGCUCAGCAGAGCCGACAAGCACACCAAGCAGGAGCUGA